UCCAGCCUGUUCUCAUCCUCUCAUCCCGUGAUCUUAGUGUUCAUCCCAAAAUGACGGAACCCAGCACGUCGCCGGAUCCCUGGCAAAAACAAACGGACGGCACUUUUAGUGACAACGGCUUUGACCACAGUUUCUUUGCAGAGAGCUCUCGUAAAGGAACAGUGGUCUCCAGAGCCAACAGUAUAGGAUCUACUAGUGCCUCCUCAGUACCAAAUACAGAUGAUGAAGACAGCGACUACAGACACGAGACCACUUACAAGGACUCAUACAAAGACCGCCGGAGACAAGCCCAUACCCAGGCGGAGCAGAAACGCAGAGAUGCUAUUAAGAAAGGCUAUGAUGACCUGCAGUCUAUAGUACCCACCUGUCAGCAGCAGUCUGAGUUUGCUAUGGCCACACAGAAGAUCAGCAAAGCCACAGUGCUGCAGAAAACCAUCGACUACAUUCAGUUCCUUCAUAAAGAGAAGAAAAAGCAGGAAGAGGAAGUGUCCACACUCAGAAAGGAAGUGAUGGCUCUAAAGAUUAUGAAAACCAACUAUGAGCACAUAGUGAAGGCCCACCAGAAUAACCCACAGCAGGGCAGCGAGCAGGUGUCAGACCAGGUGAAGUUCAGCGUGUUCCAGAACAUUAUGGAUUCUCUCUUCCAGUCCUUUAGCACCUCCGUCUCCGUCAGCAGCUUUCAGGAGCUCUCAGCCUGUGUCUUCAGCUGGAUUGAGGAGCACUGCAAACCCCAGACGCUGAGGGAGUUUGUUGUGGGCGUUCUGAGACAGCUGAAUGGACAGCUGUACUGAAGCUUUGGAGAUCUUUUCCCCUCAGGCGGUGGAUCUGUAGUUCAUGUAGGGCAGUCAGGCUGCUCUUGGCAACACAACAACCAACCGGGUUCAUACAUACACACACACACACACACACACACACACACACUAAUGCCACCUAAAGCAGACGGUCUGUAAGGGUCCUUAAUUGGCUGUCACACAAGUGAUAAAUGGCUAACAGCUGAGCGUUUUGGUUUCCCGCAGUGAGACUGUAAGUAAUUAGACUGUUAGAGUAGACCAUUUGAAUGUGAUGUGACUGUGAUUUUACAAAAUCUUGAAAUGGAGACAAUUAUGUCUCAUUUAGACAAACAAUAUAUUAAUACUGGUUAACAUAGUCGUUUCUAAUUAAAAGUUGCAUUGCAUGACUUGGGUCACAGCCAUCUGGACUGGGGUGUGUUCAGAAAAUGUGAAGUAACUGCAAUUCCAAGCAUUUUUUUUAUUUGCUACCUUGCUACAAAACUGACUGGGAUUAGAGCUUGACUGAUAUCAGCCAACUGUCUGUGUCUGUCUGCCCUGCGAUGGACUGGCGACCUGUCCAGGGUGUAUCCUGCCUUCCGCCCAAUGACUGCUGGGAUAGGCUCCAGCAUCCCCCCCCCGCGAUCCUGACGGGGAAGCGGCUUAGAAAAUGGAUGGAUGAAUGGAUGAUAUCAGCCAAUGUUCACAAAUAAUUUUUAUUUACGUUGGACGAUUAUGACCGUCUUUUUGGUUGUAGCGUCACUAAGGUUUGCAAUCCGCGCCCCAUUAAGACAAAACUAUAGAGGGUUGUCCCUGUUUGAAACCUCAUACAAAUCAUAGGUAAACUGAAUAAUGGAACAACCUCAUGGUUAGAAUAACAUAACUUUUAGCAUGUUACACAAUGAUGUAUGUAAAUAAAGUAUAUACAAAUAAGUAGGGAUGCAAGUUAAAAUUGGAAUUGCUUAAAAAUAGCAUGUUUAGUAAUAUUUCAAAAUUUAAUUAGGUAUUGUUUUCUUAAAGAGCAGAAUGUUUAGGUUAUGCUGGGUUACUACACCAAAGUGUAUUUUGUUCAUUUUCCUGCAUUUGUAACCCUACAGAAUUUUUAUAAAUUGGUAUGUUCUAUUGUCCUAAAUUUUAGCGUUUAGAUUAAUAGAAUAAAUUCUAAAAAUUUAAUAUGUAAAUGUAAUAAUAAUGUGACCAGGGAAAGUCUUAAAUAUGUACUGUAAAUAUGCUCCUACCUGAUAUUAUUGCUUUAUCUUUAGUCAUAUUUGGUCAGUUAUCUGGACACAGAUUAAGGUUAGUUUUGGACAAAGCCAGACAGAUAUGAGAUUCUCUAUUGUGUAAUUUUUUAAAAAAUAUUAGAACUAAGCCUAAUCUGUGUUCAGCCUGACGUUUUGAACAUGUUUCUUUAACAGUUAAUAAGCUCUCUAAGAAGUCAGCGAUAAGCCGUACAAAACUGAGCUCUUUGUAAUCUUGAAAGGAUUUUUCUCUAGUUUAUUCAUGUAAAAUGGCUAAAAUGUUUUAAGCUUUAAGCUGUAUUGCGCAAGAACAUAAGAAGGGUUAAAAUAAUAGACAGAUAAAUAAAUAACCCACACCCCAGUCCCACAGGGAAUCUAUCUGCACCUCUCCAUUGCUUCUGAAAGCAAUGCAAUAAUUAUCUCCUGCUGGGUUCUGUGCAUGCCUGCCUGCUCCAGCUGAAGUGUGCAUUGUCUCUUGCUUACCUCUGAUAUCAAACCCUCUACCGUCAACUCUUUGGCUGGAGGUUCGAAAUAUAGAUAUAGUGAUCUAUAUGAGCAAAUUGCUGAAAUAUUCCCCACCAACUCAUUUUAAUGAGUUUGGUGUACUAUGCGCAAUCAUCUUCUCUUACCUCAUUCACACCCCAAAGCACAAUUUAAAUCAGACUUUUGCUUGUUUUAAAGGGGGUAUAAAGGUAUCUUAGUUGUUUUGUUUUUCUGAUUUAUGUAUACAGAAUAAUGAUUCAUGAAUAUACUAACUGAGAUGAGAGACACACUGCUUACUCUUACCUCUAUGGAGCUGACAUCCCACUAUGAUCAGAAAUAGAAUAAAGAUUAGUUUUUUAUAUUUGUGCCAGAAAAUGUAAUAAAUGUAACAAUUUUUGUGCUGGUUCCAUUUUGAGAAAAUUUCUUGUGAUGGACAAAAAUGGUCUGAGAUACUAAAACAAACAUUUGACCUAUUUUAAUUCUCACGUUGGAAAGCAUUUUUUUUCUUGAGUAACAUCAGUAAGACCUCCCAUCCGCGGCAAAAUAGCACCAAAAUCGCAUUUGUGCUGCCAUAUCAGAUUAUUGGCUAAACGAUAAAUGAGCAAGUCAUUCAGCCACACAUCAACGUCCGAAUCAGACCAAAAAUGUCUCAUUUGUUUCCUCUUAGCUGCACAAACCAGCACAAACAAGACUGUGGUGUAAUUUGACUGCUGGUGAGGUGCUGAGUGACAUCACUCCUCAAAACAUUAUGGCUUUAUAACCUGAGAAUUAAAAUAGUGCACAUAUUACUUUGAACAGCACAAACCAGAGCAAACGUAACAAAUUUUGGUGCAGUUUGGCUGCUGAUGGGAGGGCAGAGUGACAUCACGGGCAAUAAAAUGUAAUACUUCAUUUCUUAAACUGUAUCCACACAAAUGCAGCACAAACAGUAAUAUUUUAAUUGUUUCUGAUCAUAUGGGGUGGCAAGCUUAGCUCUUACUCUUUGGCACUGUGGCCAAAGAUUUGCGCACAAAUGAUUCAAAAUGAGAAGGAGGAGGUGGGGGGGGGUGUAUGUUGCUUUUUUUUUUUUUCUUGGUUUGUUUUUAGUCUAAAAUGACAAUUAUGUGAACUGAUUUUAUAUUGUUUGGCCAUGGCUUGUACCACAUUUAGCUCAGCACAAAGACACUGCAGUUUGACUUAUUGUUAUUUCCAUUUUCAAGAUAUAGAUUAAGUCUAGUCUUGGCCAAAGUGAAAACAGUCCAGGAAAUGGCUUAAUGUAUGCUUCUGAAGAAAAAUGUGUAAUUAAAAUGAGAAUGUAUAUCAAAGACUAAUUCAAAUGAGGAAAUGUUUACCUUAAUACUGGGUACUCAGGAAAACAAUCUCUGUACAUUCAGGUUGUGUUUUAAUGAAUGACGAUUAAUCAGGCUGUUCAAUUACCUGUGCUGGGGGAAAAAGGGACUGUCUUUAGCCAUAAUGUGGAGGGAGCGGAGACCAGAGACUCCAUGCAAAUAAGACUCGGUGCAUCACAGACAACACUGUUCCUAGGACUGUCUGCUGAUUCAGACCAGAGAAUUGUAGACAAAAAUAUUUUUGUAUGAAUGCAGUUUGUAAUCAGAAAAUAAAUGUUUAAUGUUAAUUUA